GCCCCUGCCUGCUGAUCACGUGCUCAACUCCGCAGCCGUGUUAUUCCCCGGUGCGUUUGACCAGCACGGCUGCCCUCUGGUCGUGUUCCCAGCAGACAAACAAGACGCGCUCUCCUCGGAGCUCAGCAAAGCAGAAGUGGUGGACUUCAUAAAUUACUUUCUGUGUCUGCACAAUAAGAAGCAGGACAAGGAGAGUUUGGGGUCCGUGGUGGCCGAUCUGAGGCACGCGUCGCUCCUCGCCAUCAGGGUCGUGGCCGAGACGCUGCUCCUGCUCGAGCGGCGCAAGCGGACCCUCCACAGCGUCUACAUAAUUCAGCCCAAAAAGAAGGAGGCCGUCAGGCUGUUGCUGAAGCUCCUCGCUCCCUCAAAGGCGCCCGGCGCCUCGUUCAAGAAAGUGUUCCUGAGAGAAAUCCCGGAGCUCUCCAACCACAUCGACCGGAGCCAGCUGACCGCGGCGCUGGGCGGCUACCUGAUCUACUGCCACCGCAGUUGGGUGGCCUUCAUCAAGGAGAUCGACGAGUUCCUCCAGGAGUUCCUGUCCGUGGUCCAGCGGCUGCCCUCCUGCAUCUCCACCCUGCAGGCUCUGGCCAGGCUGCCGCCGCCCUCCACCUUCGGCGAGCUCCGACGCUUCUGCUCCACCAACGAAGCCGAGUUCCAGCAGCUCAGGAGGGCGCUGGGGCUGGACUCUCUGCUGACGCACUGUGAGAGCGUCGUGGAGAAGCUGCGUUACCCGGAGAAGGAGCCGAGCUACCGGGCGAUGGCCGGCACGGCGCUCUUCACCCACACCGCCUUCGACAUGCUGCAGAACCACAGCCGGAUCUUUGCCGCCGUGGAGAAAGUGGACCUGCUGUGGCAGCAGGCCUUUUGUAAGGCCCGCCUCCACUUACAGGUGUUCCAGCUGCGAGAGGAUGCUCUGCAGAUCACAGAGCAGAUCAAAACUCUCCUUCAAGAGAAGCUCCAGCCUUACAAAAUAGAGAUUGCCAAGGAUGCUGCGACGGCGGUGAUGUUGGUGUCCGAGUUUGAGGCGUCCAUUCACAAGCCUGCCAUGGCGCUCGUUCUCUGUGCUGAAGACGUGACCCACACGGUAGCGGAGAUCCUGCUGUAUGAGGGUCAGACCAAGGAGCGCUGGGUCCUGGAUGUGGAGAGGCUGAAGGAGAAGCUCCGCUCCGCCGUGAACUUCAUUCUCCAAACCCUCAGAGCGGUUUCCAGCUACCACCGUCACUACAACAGGGCCAGCAGCUGGUACCACCAGGUCCUCUGCGAGAACGUCCUCCAGCUGCUGCUGUCCGGAGUCAACGGGGACGGCGCCCAGAGGAGGAACUGGGGCGCGAUCCCCGCGUGGAGGUACAAGACGUCCACGUUCCUGAAGAAGAGUCCGCCUCCAGACACGGAGCAGCUGGUUCAUCUGGCUCAUCUGGCGAAGGCCGUCCCGGAUGACGAGGUUCAGGAGGCGGGCAAGCGGAUGUCUCAUCGGUGCAUGACCCUGAGGAAACUGCUGAUGAGUUCGGGGCCCGUGGCCGUCGGACACCUCCAGCUGGCGUUGCAGUGGCAGUACGACCUGCUGCGGCGCGGCCGCGUUGACCACCGCGGCGCCACGAGCGGCGCGUCUGAGGGCGCUCGGGACGUCGGGGGAUGCGAACGUGGUCGAGAGGCGGCCUCGCUUCCGGCAACGUCCCCUCCCUCCCUCCCCUCCCUCAGCUCAUUCGACUCGGGCUUCGACGGAGCCGGGAGCAGCCGGGCGGAGGCGUGGGGGGACGGAGCCCGGACCGGGGACUCGGUGGAUUUGAGGCCGGCUCACGCCAGGUCUCGCCAAGGGAAUGGCCCCAGGGUUUCGGACUGUGAGGACGCGGUCUCUGGGGGGAGCUCCCCCCCGGGGGCCAGCAUCCAGAUCGUCCCCAGAGUAACCGCGGAUUCCCUCAACCUGGAGAUCAAAGUGAAGCGCUCGGCGCCGCCGCCCAACAAUCCGUGGCUCAGCUUGCCGGUUGACGAUCUGGAAAACUCGUACACGGUGACCAUCACGCAGAACCCGACGCCGCGGGAGCCGCGAUCCCACGAUGCCGCCGACCGGUCCGACGGGCCCGCGCAGACGGAGGUUGUGAGCGAGGACUGGACGGCGCACUCGCAGAGCGGUUUGGAGGAUCCUGAACUGAGUCCCGUUCGCUGCGUCCUCUCCAGCACCAUCACAGAUGGAAGGGACAAGUCCAUCUGCAACACAGAGGGGAUUCCUACUCUCCUCUGGGACUCGUACGACCUCCACGACCAGAAUCAGGACGCUGUGGAUGGUGAGAUCGAUAUCUCCCUAAAUGACUGGCAUGUGAAGGAGCAGGAGGAUCUGAGGGCGGUGGAACAGAUCCUGGACCGGGCCGACGACAUCCUGGAGAGAGAAGAACACGUUCUGGCUCAGGAGGCCGUGCUGGACGCCCUGCUGAGGUCGGAGGACGGGCACCAUCAGUGGCCGCCGUGGAACAGCGAGAGCCAGCUCGGGGUGAUGUCGUCUAGUGAGCUGGCUGAAGCCGGUGUCCUCGGCCUCGAGGAUUACCAUGACCCUGCAGAGUCCGACCACCUCGGUGAGCCCGGGUCUGCAAGCGAAACCGAGGCUUCUGAAGCCGCCUCGGGAGCGUUUCACAGCGGGCCGGACCUGCUGACGGAGCUCAGGAAAGUCCACAUCCUGGAGGAGCUGAUCAUGCGGGAGAACCUGCUGAUCCGCGAGUUCCGAAGCCGCGACGAGGAACCCUCCGCGGGCGAACCGCCGGAUGCAAACGGGCCGUCGAGUACGAGCCGAGAGAGGGAGGCUUUUCAGCUACAACUGGAAGAGGAGGAAAGGGAGGUGGAGAAGCUGGAGAAGAGUUUGGACAAAGAACGUAGAGCGGAGCGCCACAAGGACGAAGCCAGAAAGGUUGUAAAAUGUUCCGUGAUGGAGAAGGAUAGAAGUGAGACGAGGGAGGACCGAGCCCUCUGCGAUGAGCUUUUAUCAGGUAGCUGCCGGUCACAGGGGACGCAUUCGACGCCUCGGGAGACGUGUAGAACUGAACCUCUUCAAUCGGCGCCGGGUUCCGACGUCCUUUGGCGACGUCGGAACACGACGGCGACGCCGCGAGACUCUGAGCGCCCUCCGGACUGUCGGGACGACGAUCGCUCGUCGGCGUUUAAUAAAACCGCCUCCGAUCUGAAGGAGGCUCCCGAAGAGGCGGGCCUCCAACCUCAGGGAUGCAUCUAUGAGAGCAAAUCGGACGAAUCUCGCGAAGAUGCUGCUUCGCCCUCUCGAAUGAGGCCAGAUGUCGGGGGGUUUGACCCAGGAGGGAAAUUGCACCUCCCUCCUGAACCCGAGCCCGGCAGCGCUCCACCUCCUGUGAACCUCGCCGAGCUCGAACCUCCUCCUCCUCCUCCUCCUCCUCCCACGGAGCUGCAGGAUCCAGCCCGGCCCGCCGUCGCUUCUGUGCAACUCGAUGCACAGCCUGAGACUGCAGCUCCAGCCGUCAGUCACGACUUUGAUGUCAAUCCAAAUGUGAAGGAACACGGCGGCGGCAACAACAACAACAACAACCAUCCGCUCACAGAAAAAUGCAACGUUUCAUUAGACCCCUUGUCGGAGGAUGCGUCCGAAGUACCUGCGUGUUUGCUAGCAACAGAUUUGCAGCCAGCAGAAGACGUCCAGACUUUAUCUGCUUCACUUCAUGAGCAGUCGGCGCCGCCUCCUGACCGGCCUCUGGGGUUUGACCUCGGUGGGAGAGUCGAGCGGCGUGAAGGCUUUGCCAAUGGGGUCCAGAGCUCCGAGGCCAUGAGGAUAUCUGGGUCGCCUGGGAUUCAGGCCCAGCUUAACCUCAACACGAGAGAGAUGACGGAUUUCAAGACCCCCAUAGUCCUGGAUACCGGGUCUGGUUUGAUGAAAGCAGGAUUUGCAGAUCAAGACCUCCCAAACAUUAUAUUCCCAACCAUCAUUGGGUUGCCAAAAUACGAGGAAAUAAUGAACGGUAACCUUGAAGGGGAGAGCUACAUCGGACACGAGGCCCAGCACAUGAGAGGGGUCCUGGCUCUGAAGCAUCCCAUUAAGAACGGGAUCAUUCGUAACUGGGAUGAAAUGGAGAAGAUUUGGCAUCACACGUUCCAGCAGCUGUGUGUGGAACCGGACGAUCACCCCGUCCUGCUGACCGAGGCGGCCAUGAACCCCUCGGAGAACCGCCAGCGCAUGGUGGAGAUCAUGUUCGAGUGUUUCAACGUUCCCUUCACCUACGUGGCCAUGCAGGCGGUGCUGGCGCUCUACGCCGCGGGGAGAUCGACGGGUGUGGUGUUUGACUCCGGAGACGGGGUGAGCCACAGCGUGCCCGUGUUUGAGGGUUACUGUCUACCGCAUGCCGUGCAGCGCUUCCCUCUGGCUGGCGCAGACGUUACGUUGCAUCUGAAAAAGCUUCUGCAGGAACAAGGGGUGUGCAUGCGCACAACGGCUGAGAUGGAGAUCGUGAGGGAGAUGAAGGAGAGCUGCUGCUGUGUGGCCGUCGACUAUGAAGCCGAGCUGAGGCGGGGGGGCGCGUCCUGCAGAGAGAUGCAUUACAGCAUGCCGGACGGACAGGUUGUCACACUCGGCACGGAGAGGUUUAGGGCCCCCGAGAUUCUCUUUAAACCCGAGCUGAUUGGACGGGACCAUUACGGGAUGCACGAGAGUGUCUUCAAGUCCGUCCUCGGCUCGGACAUCGACCUGCGGCGCUGCUUCCUGAGAAACAUCGUGCUGUCGGGUGGGAACACUCUGCUGCCGGGCCUGCCCGAGCGGCUCCAGGCUGAAAUCGGAGGCCUUGUCCCCGCCGACGCGAGGGACAGCGUUCGCGUCACCGGCCCGGAGGAUCGAGACUUCUCGGUGUGGCGCGGCGGCGCGGUUCUGGCCAACCUGCCCACCUUCGGCGCCGCUUGGAUCAGUCGGGAGGAAUACGAGGAGCACGGGCCGCAGAUCGUCUUCAGGAAGUGCUUCUGAGACGCACCGCCGUGUAGCGUACCGCGUCGCCAUGUUUCCACAAGUGCAAUAUGAAUGUGUGUCGGACACGGAUCGGUGUCGACAUUUGUCCGUCAGCUGAUGUUGUCCCUGAAGGACCGUUUACUAUUUCUUUUUUUUAAAUGUGUCUUCCCAUUUUUUUGGGGAAGUAUUUCUGUGUCUGGAGAAUUUAAAGAGUCUGUUCGUGGUUUAUGGGACUAGAAUUGAAGCUGGCCUUUGAUCGACGUCGACUUUAUAUAUCCAUAAUAAGCACAUGAAGUAAGGCUACAAAUUAUAUAUAUUAAUCUAAUAUCAAAUCAUGAUGUGUAUUUAUACAACAAUUUAAAGUAAAUUUGUGUUUAUGUGAAACAUGGUGAAAGUUGCUUUCUUUUUUUUUAAACAUUUUUUAUUAUAGAAGCAUAAUAAUUUUGAUGGAUGUUUUGGUGCCACUGUUGGGAAAAAUAUUAAUACAAAUAGUUCUCAUAGAAUUUUCUUUAAUUCUUUAAUUUUCUUUACGAUAUAGUAAUUUUGUCGUAAUAUUACAAUUUGUUUCUUAAAAAUAUUUUAAAACUUUUUUUUGGGAAAAUUCAUAGUAUUUUAUUUUGGCUUUCUGACGAUAAAUGUUCCUUUUUUUUCCCCCCCCGCAAACACUCAAAAUCUUAUGUAUAGAACUAUAUGUAUUUUUCCUAUCGGUGGCCCUAAAACAAAAUAUCCCAAAGCAAAAAUGUAAUGCUACACGUCUGUUUCCUGCUGCUGCAGUAAUGUGAACUGGAGGGGUGAACAUGUGUAUUCUUUUGUCACGCUGCUGGUUAUUUCCCCCACAUGUCGAGCCUCCACUUGAGUGAACAUUUGGUUUUGGGAAGGUUGGCAUAUAGCUUGGUGAUGAUGAAGAAGAACCAGUCCAUGGAGGAAGAUGAGGAGUUCAGUAUUGGUCUGGUCCCGCCUCUCUUGAAUAAGCAGAUAUUGAAUGUACUGUUGCAGGUAACGCGUUUCUGUAAUAUUUACUUAUUUGAGUGCAGUGACUUGCCACUAAUUGUUUAUUUGUUUCUAAAUUAUCUUCUGAUCUGAGAACAGUGGUUGUGUGUAUUCCUUUUAUUUUUGUUAUACUUGCACAGUAGUUGUUUUUUUCUGUAUUAUUUGAAAGGCGUUCCAAAGGUGCCAAAACUGCUGCAUUCAUCUCAAUGCU